GAGGCCAGGCGGCCCUGGUGCGGCUGGAGAGGGUCCGCUGCCUGAGAAUGGGAAUUCUCUUCACCAGGAUAUGGAGACUGUUCAAUCACCAGGAGCACAAAGUUAUGAUUGUUGGGCUGGAUAAUGCAGGGAAAACUACCAUCCUUUAUCAAUUUUCUAUGAAUGAAGUUGUACACACAUUCCCUACAAUAGGAAGCAAUGUAGAAGAGAUAGUGAUGAAUAAUACGCGUUUCCUAAUGUGGGAUGUUGGUGGCCAAGAGUCUCCUCGUUCUUCCUGGAACACCUACUACACUAACACAGAGUUUGUAAUAGUUGUUGUGGACAGUACAGACAGAGAGAGGGUAUCUGUAACUAGAGAAGAACUCUAUAAAAUAUUAGCCCAUGAGGACCUAAGGAAAACUGGAUUGCUGAUUUUUGCUAAUAAACAAGAUGUCAAAGAAUGCAUGACUGUAGCAGAAAUCUCUCAGUUUCUGAAACUAACAUCUAUCAAAGAUCACCAGUGGCAUAUCCAGGCAUGCUGUGCUCUGGAGAAGGAUUAUGUCAAGGACUUGAGUGGAUGAUGUCACGACUUAAGAUUAGAUGAUCUCUACUGAUCUCCUUCUGAUAGACUUUGUGUAAAUGUG